GUCAACGUUCAAACCUCGCGCGAACUACUUCGCCCUUGCUAAACAUUUUCGUCCUAUCAAUCUUUUCUAUUAUUCGAGGCUUUGCGAUUCGCAUACCUCUCUCUCUCUUGUCACCGAUCUACUCGGUUAAAUUCCUACCUCCCCUCUAUUACGUCUACCAAAAUCUAGUAGCAUUCAACAUUUCUAUUAUGGCGUAUAAUCCCUACGGCGGAGUGCCUGGCUUCGGCCCGCCUCCGACAUACGGUUCAUAUCCUGGAGCUAGCGGUGCUCCAGGUGUUCCGUCUGCUCCUGGUCUAGGACCUCCUCCAGGCAUGUCUGCCCCAGGAAUGGCGCCACCACCUGGUGUUCAGCAGCACAACAUCAAUCAAGCUAAUCGACCUAGCGGUCUGCCAUCCAAUUUCCAAGCUCCUCCGAAUAUGCCUAAUAUCAACUUUAACGCCCCCGUAAUUCGUCUCGGUACCUCCACGAAACCCCCAACCCCUGGAAUGCAAGGUCGCAAGGACAGCGAGACCCCCAACUCUGCUGGUCCUAGAGCGGGUAUAGGGAUGGAGCGUGGUCUAGACCAAACACGACAGGCCAUCCGCGAGAAUAUGCAAGCGUUAGUCCCACCUAGCAAAGAAGAAAUUGUGCGGACUGUCUUUGUGAGUGGGAUCACAGAUGGAAUUAGUAGCAAUGAGGGUGUGGAGAAGAUUCUUAGCACCGUGGGUAAGGUGCGCCGUUGGGAUAGAGCUGUCGAUGCUGGUGGGAAAGAAAUGGCCUUUGGCUUUGCCCAGUUCGAAGAUAUCGAGUCCCUCUGGCUCGCCUCCGAGAUCCUAAAAGAUAUCAAGGUACCCGUGAAAAAGCAAGUACCAUUAGACGAGCCCGCGAACGACGACGAUUCAUACGCGAAUUUCGAAAAAACAACCCUUCAAAUUAAACUAGAUGAGAAUUCGGUAAAAUACCUAGAGGCGUAUAGGGAGAGCAGGCCUGACGACUCUGGUGCAGAGGCAAGACGGGAAGCUGCCAGAGGUGCGUUGAAGCAGACCAUAAAAAAUCUCUUUUAUCCUACCUCGCGACCUGGAGCAGACGCGGAUGGGGAUGUCGCCAUGGGUGACAGCUCGGCUCAGAACGGCGAGAAUGUUGAGGUGGUUAAUAUCCCCUUGGCACAGGAGGACGAACUGGCCGACAUCCCAGCUGAGAUGCGCGAGACCGUUGCUGCAGAAAUCGCCGCUUUCAGAGAACGAAGUAUUAGGCGAGAUAUGGAACGCUUGAAGAGGGAGGAAGAACUCGAGGCAAUGGAACGUCAAAGGAAUGGCGCAUCUCGGUCCUCUCGAUUAGCGUCACCACCGCCUUCUAAUUCAAAUAAUAUUCCGCUAGGACCGCGCGGUGUGCCGAAUGCGCCAUCUGGUCCUAAGGGGCAGAAGUCUGAUAUGGGCAAGGAUUACAAUAGGUCAAUUAAUUUUAUUAACGGCGGCACGACAAAUGGUGGUCAAUCUUAUAACAGGGAUGACGAGGACGAUUCGGCCAGUGAUGAGGAACUGGAGCGUCGUCGAAUCGCUAAGCAAAAUGCGGAGACUGAGAAGCUCUAUCUGGACGCCGAGCGCAGAUGGUUGAAUCGGGAGAAGUCUCGCACAGCUGCCCUAGAACGAGAAAAGGAGCGCGACGGCUCGGAUGCAAAAGACUUUGCUAAGAACAGAGAUAAAGUGCUCCAGCGACUCAAGCAUUUCGAUGACGAUGCGGAGGCAUCACGAAAGUCGGAAGAUUAUUAUAAGGACCGGAGCGCUUGGAUCAGGAAUCGCACUGCAUUUAGAGCCAGAGAAAUAGCAGCCGAUGAUACAGACCGACAAGCAGAAGAGCAAGAACGCGUCAAGGAAGAGGCAGAGCGCGAGCAAGCCCGGGGUAUGGCUGAUUCGUUCCUCGAGAGGCAAGCUCAGGAGAUGGAACAACGGCAAGUUAGCAGGGUCGGAAUUACAGCACCUCAACCCUUCAAGCUAUCUCUCGGCGCAGCUGCGCAGAAGGCGCAAGCGCAACGUGCGGCGCCACAAAGGAAGACCAUCGCCGAGGUUGAGGGUCUUCUCGAGGAUGAGGACGAGGAUGCGACUUCUAGGCGGCAACUCAUACCAAUUCAAUUUGAGCCCGCUGCUGCUGCGGCCAUGUCCGAUGAAGAACGUGACCAGGCUGUGCGUGCAUUAGCACAAGAAAUUCCAAACGAAAAGGAAGGACUCUGGGAGUGGGACGUUAAGUGGGACUUCUUGGACGAGAGCGUUAUUCGCGAGAAGCUCAGGCCCUUUGUCGAGAAAAAACUGGUCGAGUAUCUAGGUGUCCAGGAGCAACUUCUUAUCGAGGUUGUAGAAGAGCAUCUUCGGAAGCACGCCAAACCUGGGGAGCUGGUGGAGGAAUUGGCAGAGGCAUUGGAUGAUGAAGCCGAAGCCCUCGUUAAGAAGCUUUGGAGGAUGGUUAUUUUCUUUACUGAGAGUGAAAAGCGUGGUCUUUCUGCAUAGGGUGAGAAGGUACUUUGAUUUCCCGGUGCCUUACAAUAACACCAUACCUCGAGUCGGUAACCACUGUACAAUUCAAAAGUUCAAAAGUUCGUCUUGUAAUUGAGGAUAUCUAACCCGCAGUUUGAGAUAGCCUGCGUGUGGGGAGGGAGCAUAACGAAGGGAAUACUCCUCGGAUAUCCGGAUCGUUGGGGAUGAACUAUAGUCUUCAGACGGGAAAAGCUCAUUCUGCAUGAUAUCCAUGAGAAAUAAUAGCUCUAUGGAUAUUAAGAGCUAGGUAUUACAGUAAUACAGAAUAUAAUAAAGCUGUCCGUCGAAGAAUAUUUGCGCUACCAGGUACUUUACUUGAUUAUUUAAUAAUAACUUGAAUUUCAAAUUUGAAUAACUGAGUAUAUGUAGAUAGUACCUAGGCAAGUGGCGUGCGGAGCUUGACCGUCAGGGGUAACAACCGUGGUCCGGGUCCGGUUUGCGAUUUGCGGAGUACUGUGGGUCCAACGGAAUGCCGAGGCAAUUCAAG